AUGGCUCCGAAGGAACAGAAAGCUCUUGUCAUCCCAUCCAAGGGCGCCGAUUUCGUCGUGCAAAGCGUGGCCGUGCCCUCCCCUGGUCCUGGUGAGAUACUAGCCAGGGUGGACGCUACAGCCCUCAACCCGGUCGACUGGAAGAUCAAGGACCUCUACCAGGAUUGGAUUCAAUACCCUGGGAUACUCGGAUUUGACGCUGCCGGUGUAGUCGAGGAGGUUGGCGAGGGUGUCACUAACGUCAAGAAGGGAGACAAGAUUCUGUGGGAGGGUGAACUCACGCCGUCUCACCGCGCAACGUACCAGCAAUACGCCAUCGUCCCCGCCGAGUUUGCCGCCAGGAUCCCCGACAACGUCAGCCUCGACGAGGCGGCGUCCAUUCCUACGUCGCUUGCCACGGCAUAUUUGGGGCUGUAUAACAAGAAGAGCGACGUUCGCGGCGGAGGCGCGGAGCUGACGCCGUUCUGGCAAUCCUCCACCGCCUACGCCGGACAGCCAUUCGUGCUGUUGGGUGGCGCCACCUCUGUCGGCCAAUCUGUAAUCCAGCUUGCCCGCCUAUCUGGUUUCUCCCCUAUCAUCGUCACCGCGUCCGAGAAGCACACGGACCACCUCAAGUCGCUCGGGGCCACGCACGUCCUCCCUCGCUCGCUCUCCACUGAAGCCCUACGUGCCGAGAUCGGCAAGAUCACGUCGCAGCCGAUCAAGAUCGUCUACGACACAGUGAGCCACGCUGACACGCAGGAGACUGGAUAUUCGCUCCUUGCCUCUGGUGGCCAAUUGAUUCUUGUGCUGCCACCCGCUGAGGGGAUUGUUCACGGGAAGGAUGGGAAGGAGCUCGUGGGAGUGGCUGGGAACGUGAACUGGCCAGGCCAGCAAGAUGCAGGGCGCGAAUUGUACGCACGCGUAACGCAACUUUUACAGGAUGGGUCGAUCAAGCCAAACCAUGUACAAGUGCUUCCUAAAGGCCUCGCUGGAAUCUCGGACGGGUUAGAGCUGCUGCGCCAGGAUAAGGUUAGCGGUGUUAAAUUGAUUGCCCAUCCUCAGGAGGCGGCAUGA